GAUGCUAUGAAAAUCUACAUGUGGGUGUUUUGUGGCAUUGGAAUACCAGCGAAUAUCCUGACUUUUGUAACCAUUUCAAAAUUUCAGUUCCGAGGCGUUGCUUCAUUUUUGGUAUGCCUCCUGGUCGUCAUUGAUAGUGUUGCUCUUGUGGCCAAACUUAUUGAAAUGCAAAUCAUUGCCCAUAAAGUGUCUCUUGGCCAGUUUGGAUGUAAGACAAUUCACGUGCCGAGUGUAACAUUAACAGCCAUCUCGAACUGGACAGUUAUUUUAAUAUGUUUGGAACGUUACGUUGCCGUCUGCAAGCCGUUCAAGAGAAGAAUUUGGAUAACUGACAAACGAUGCAAAGCAGCCGUGACUUUGAUUUCGUCCAUUCUUACAGUAACUUUUGUAUCACUUUAUUUCAUUUUUAUUGAUAUAGACUCAACGGGGUUUUGUUUUGUGAUCCAUUUAACAGAAAACUCCUUUUAUUGGGUCCAAUUUAUAAUUUCGAUAGCAGUUCCUUUAAUUGUGACAACUGUUCUAACCAUCGCGGUUAUCAAAACAUAUUUUAAUGCUCGACGCCGGCGUCUGAGGGUUCUCAUAGAUAAGAGAAACGGACAGACGGAUCAUUUAGCUGAACGCCAAAAUCAAACAGUUGUGAGCAGCGCAGAGAGUAUGGAAAAGAUUUUGAGUCUACUCAUGAUGUCAUCAGUUUUGUUGUAUUUUGUUAUCAAUUUGCCAUUUUGUGUUCACGCUUUAGUUAUUGGACCAUUAUAUAAUUACAAUUUAGACUCCUUUUCUGGACUUAUUAAUGACAUUUUUUUUAUACUAAUGGACUCAUCUCAUGUACUGAAUUUUUUCCUCUACUUUGUCUUUGUUUCAGGCUUUAGAAGAAAUGUUUGCAAAUUAUUCAGAUCUAUUUGUUGA